CUCAUUCAUAUUUUACGGAUGAGCUUUGUUUCCCAAAAUGCAACGCGAAGCUACGGAUCAGACCGGCGUGUGCUCUGUCAUCUCCACCUCUGAACGUCUCUGGUACCAAUCUGCUGGUAGCUGGGUUGUGUGAAGGCAGCAAGAGGCGACCGACCGACGGACCGACCGGCGGGGGACGCAAGGCGAAGGACCAGCGGGGAGUUUUGCUGCGUUUGGAACCAGCAGGACGAGACUUUCCUCCUGCCGUAUUUCACCGAAUAGGCCCCACAUUUUAACGACUUCUCUUUGAAGUGUUGAACACAUCCGUCGCAUGGAAAGUCGGAAGAAACUAAAGACGGUGGACUGAGAAUGGGAUUUAAAGAACAUAUUGUCAAGUGCUGAGUUGCUACAAGAAGAUAAAAAAAUAUUACGAAUAUUACUUGAAAGGGUCCGACUUGGUUACGUUUGAGGGACACGGUGAGGACAUGACACGGGGAGCCUUUGAAGAAAUCUGCAAUGAUGACAUUUAGAAGCAAAUCGAAGUAACGUUAGCUUGCUAGCUAGCUAGCCGAGUAGCUAAGGCUGCUAACUAAGCCUGUGUCGCCCUUUGCAUUCCCGGAGCAGAGGAGGGGCACUGGGGGCUUUGUAGCAUUGCGGCUCGGCUUCACAUUUUGUGACUUCCAGCAGGAAUGGAGAACCCCGAAUGUCUGCCACAUCUACGCAGGGGAAAUUGUUAGACCACAACGAGACGACAGUUUGUCAUUUUUUUACGCUAAAAGGAGCAGCGUCAAAAGCAACCGACCCGGGGCAGCUAAGCUAUGUUAUUGGGAGUACUUUUCUCUUGUGUGCCCAGUGACGGUAGGUAAUGUUAACAUGGGGAGGCCAUAUACACUCCAAAUGUGCAUGUAAGGGAGCAAACAUGCAUACAAAGGUAGUAAAGCCACUUUCUUUUAGCUAAAAGUUUUUAUUUUCGAGGCAUAUUCAAGUUCUUUACAGGCCCACUCGAGCGCCUCUUCGCUUUUUAAAAUUACUAUUUCUCAUCAUCAUUAAAACCAACUGGACUGUGCAACCAUGUCUGGAGAGGUGCGUUUGAAGAAGCUGGAGAAACUGAUUCUGGACGGACCCAUUGAAUCCAAUGGCCAGUGUCUUAGCGUGGAAACCCUGCUGGACAUCCUGGUGUGUCUUUACGAUGAGUGCAACAACUCCCCACUCAGAAGAGAGAAGAAUAUCCUGGAGUUUUUGGAUUGGGCCAAACCCUUUACAUCCAAAGUGAAGCAGAUGCGCCUGCACAAAGAAGACUUUGAAAUCCUCAAAGUGAUUGGACGGGGAGCCUUUGGAGAGGUCGCAGUUGUCAAAGUGAGAAAUACGGACAAAGUGUUCGCCAUGAAGAUUCUCAACAAGUGGGAAAUGCUGAAGCGAGCGGAGACUGCGUGCUUUCGUGAGGAGCGAGACGUGUUGGUAAACGGAGACUGCCAGUGGAUUACCACCCUCCAUUAUGCCUUCCAGGAUGAUAACAAUUUGUACCUAGUCAUGGACUACUAUGUGGGCGGUGACCUGCUGACCCUGCUCAGUAAAUUCGAGGACCGGCUGCCCGAGGAUAUGGCCAGAUUCUACCUGGCUGAAAUGGUGCUGGCUAUCGAGUCCAUUCAUCAGCUUCACUACGUUCACAGGGAUAUAAAACCUGACAACAUUCUGUUGGAUAGGAAUGGCCACAUCCGCUUGGCUGACUUCGGCUCCUGCCUCAAACUCAUGCAGGAUGGAACUGUUCAGUCGUCCGUUGCUGUGGGAACCCCAGACUAUAUCUCUCCAGAAAUUCUCCAGGCAAUGGAGGAUGGGAAGGGCAAGUAUGGACCCGAGUGCGACUGGUGGUCCCUGGGCGUCUGCAUGUACGAAAUGCUGUAUGGCGAGACCCCCUUCUAUGCAGAGUCCCUUGUUGAAACCUACGGCAAAAUCAUGAAUCACCUGGAGCGGUUUCAGUUCCCACAGCAGAUAACAGAUGUAGUUUCAGAGGAAGCAAAGGAUCUCAUACGUCGACUCAUUUGCAGUCGAGCAUACCGGCUCGGACAGAACGGGAUUGAGGACUUCAAGCAACAUCCCUUUUUUUCUGGCAUCGACUGGGACAAUAUCCGUUUAUGUGAGGCCCCUUAUAUCCCAGAGGUCAGCAGUCCCACAGAUACCUCCAACUUUGACGUGGACGAUGACAGUCUCAAGAACUCGGAGACCAUGCCCCCUCCUUCUCACACUGCCUUUUCUGGCCACCACUUACCCUUUGUUGGCUUCACCUACACCAGUAAAUGCACUCUAUCUGAUCGUGGUUGCCUGCGACAACUAUCAGGGGAAGCAAGCAAAGCAGGUCAAGACCAAUUGGACGUGGACGUCCAGCGUGGUCUGGAGAACAGCCUCGCCGCAGAGGCCUACGAGAGGAGAAUCCACCGCCUGGAGCAGGAGAAACUGGAGCUGAACCGCAAAGUUCAAGAGAUGACCCAGACAGUUCAGGCUCUUCAGCACCCAACAGGCGAAGGCCCCUUCACUGCAAACAAGGAAGUGGAGAUCCGGAGUCUGAAGACCGAGAUCGACAUCCUCAAGAAGCAAAUCGCUGACUCAGGCCAUCUGGAAAAGCAGCUUCAAGAUGUGACAUCGGCACAUCGAGAACUAGAGGAAUCAUCCAAACAAGUUAAGAUGUUAGAGAAACAAAUAAAGACUCUCACAAGGGACAAGGACGACCUCCUGAAGGACUUUGUGGAAGCCAACGAGAAGCUGAAGUCUCAGUCCAAGGAUCUUAAAGAAGCGCACAGCCAGAGAAAACUGGCCAUGCAUGAGUUUUCUGAGCUCAACGAGAGCCUAUCAGACCUCAGGUCGGAGAAGCAGCAUCUGUCUCGCCAGCUACGUGACAAGGAGGAGGAAGUGGAGAGUCUGAAUCAGAAAGUUGAGGCUCUGCGCCUUGAGGUGCGAAAGGCCGAGAAGGGCAGGAAAGAGAUGGAGAGUCAGAUGGAGGAGCAGACAGCAGAGGCUGUGAAGGAGAGGAAACUGAAAGAUCGUAAUGAACAGUACAGCCGACAGCUGGAGGAGGAACUGCAAGGGCUUAAGUUGAAACGCGUUGGCUCGUCCGCUGCCCCGUCCUCUGCGGACCAGUCUCAGGAGAUGGGACGUCUACGGGGUGACCUGGAAAAGAAGACCCUCCUGUAUGAGGAGGAAAUGGCCCGUCGGGAUGCGCAACACAGCACGGAGCUGAAGGCCAUGCGCAAGGAGCUCCGUGACGGCGAGAGCCAGCAGCUUGCCUUGCAGAAAGAAAUCCUGGUGCUCAAAGACAAGCUGGAGAAGACUCGAAGAGAGAGUCAAAAUGAGCGGGAAGAGUUUGAGGCGGAUUACAAGCAGAAGUAUGAAAGAGAAAGGGUUCUGCUCACUGAAGAAAACAAAAAACUUUCCAGUGAAUUGGAUAAGCUGACGAGCAUGUUUGACAAGUUGAGCACCUCCAAUCGGCAGCUGGAGGAUGAGAUGAGAGAGCUGGCUGACAAAAAAGAGAGUGUUGCUCACUGGGAGGCCCAGAUCACAGAAAUCAUCCAAUGGGUGAGUGAUGAGAAAGAUGCUCGUGGCUACCUGCAGGCUUUGGCCACCAAGAUGACAGAAGAGCUGGAGGGCCUGAGAAACACCAGCCUGGGAGCAAGAGCUACGGACAUGCCUUGGAAGAUGCGUCGCUUUGCCAAGUUGGACAUGUCGGCGCGCCUGGAGCUGCAGUCGGCUUUGGAUGCUGAGAUCAGGGCCAAGCAGAGCAUUCAGGAUGAGCUAAACAAGGUCAAGGCCAACAACAUCUCCACAGAAUGUAAACUACAGGAUGUGGAGAGCAAGAAUCAGGAGCUCCUGGCUGAGAUCGAUAGACUGAAGAAAGAGACUGAGGAGCUGCGGCUGCGUAGAGGUGUCAAGCACCAAGAUUCCCAGAAUUCUUUCUUGGCUUUUCUCAAUGCUCCCACCUCUACACUCGAUCAGUUCGAUGACUCUUAUUCCUCCUCUUCAUCUUCUUUAAUUGAGUUUUGGGAAGACCGCUCGCCAUCCGUUGGCCCAGCUAGCAAAGGCAGACGCGUGGACUCCAUGGAUAAUUUUACCCUCUCCAACACUCCAUCCCGGGAAGACGACCCCAAGUCUCACCUCAAGACUCGUUCGCGUUCACCCUCCACGGCCAGCGACAUGGAGCCCAUCGAGUUGAUAGAUCAUUCUCCUCGUGCAGUGCAGACUCCAACCAUGCGCUCAGGAGGGUAUGGCAGUAUCGGUCGCUCCUCUCCUAAGCCAAAAGCACAUCAGUUUGUCGUGAAGUCAUUCAGCACGCCCACUAAGUGUAACCAGUGCACCUCCCUCAUGGUCGGACUCAUACGCCAAGGCUGCACCUGCGAAGUGUGCAACUUCUCCUGCCACGUGACAUGUGCGGACAAGGCUCCGGCUGUAUGUCCUGUUCCACAGGAUCAGACCAAAGGACCGCUGGGUAUCGACACUCAGAGGGGCAUUGGUACUGCGUAUGAAGGGCACGUCAGGGUGCCCAAACCAACGGGGGUGAAGAAGGGCUGGCAGAGGGCCAUGGCGGUGGUGUGUGACUUCAAACUGUUCCUGUAUGAGCUGGGUGAAGGAAAGACGACACAGCCGAGUGUAGUUGUCAGCCAAGUCAUAGAUAUGAGGGACGAAGAGUUUUCCGUCAGCUCCGUUUUGGCCUCUGACGUCAUCCACGCCAGCCGCAAAGACAUCCCCAGCAUAUUCAGAGUUACAGCGUCCCAGCUCUCCCCCUCUAGCAGCCACAAGCCCUCCAUCUUGAUCCUGGCCGACAGCGACCAGGAGAGGAACAAGUGGGUGGGACUCCUCAACGAGCUCCACCGAAUCCUUAAGAAGAACAAGCUGAAGGAGCGCUUCGUCUAUGUCCCCAAGGAGGCGUACGACAGCACGCUGCCGCUCAUCAAGACCACCCAGUCUGCUGCUAUCAUAGAUCAUGAGCGUGUCGCCCUGGGCAACGAGGAAGGCCUUUUCGUCAUCCAUGUCACCAAAGAUGAAAUCAUUCGCGUGGGUGACAAUAAGAAGGUGCACCACAUCGACCUGAUCCCCCAGGAGCAGCUACUUGCGGUUAUUUCUGGCAGGAACCGCCACGUCCGCCUCUUCCCCUCGCAGGCCCUGGAUGGCCGUGAGAUCGAGUCCUACAAGCUGGGUGAGACAAAGGGCUGCCAGACCAUUGUAUCCGGGCCCGUCCGAAACGGCUCUCUCACGUGCCUCUGCGUGGCCAUGAAGAGGCAAAUCAUAUGUUACGAGGUGAACAAAAGCAAAGUUCGUCACCGUCGGCUGCGGGAGCUGCAGGCCCCAGGGAUUGUCCAGUGGAUGGGUCUGCUCAACGAGCGUCUUUAUGUGGGAUACCAGUCCGGCUUUGCCCGCUACAGCGUCCACGGGGACGUGUCUCCAGUCAUACUGCUCCACCCUGAGGAUCACACCCUGGCGUUCAUCCCUCAGCAGAAUCUGGAUGCCCUUUGUGCCGUGGAGAUCUCCAGCAAGGAGUUGUUGCUGUGCUUCAGUGCCAUUGGAGUCUACGUGGACUCUCAGGGCCGCAGGUCACGUCAGCAGGAGCUCAUGUGGCCCGCUGUUCCCAAUGCUGCCUGCUACAAUGCUCCCUACCUGUCAGUGUACAGUGAGAAUGCAGUGGAUGUGUUUGAUGUCAACACCAUGGAGUGGAUUCAGACUAUCCCCCUCAAGAAGGUGCGACCUUUGAAUGUUGACGGCUCUUUGAACCUGCUGGGUCUGGAAACAGUGCGGCUCAUCUAUUUUAGAAACAAAACAGCUGAGGGCGACGAGCUGGUCGUCCCGGAGACGUCAGACAACAGCAGGAAGCAGAUGGUACGCAGCAUGAACAGUAAGAGACGCUUCUCCUUCAGGGUGCCAGAAGAAGAGCGACUUCAGCAGAGGAGAGAGAUGCUGCGAGAUCCAGAGAUGAGGAACAAGCUGAUCUCCAACCCCACAAACUUUAACCACGUGGCUCACAUGGGACCAGGGGACGGGAUCCAGAUCCUCAAAGACCUCCCAAUGAAUGUGCGCAUCCAGGAGAGCCGUGCGGGCUUCAGCGGCUCCGUCAGCAUCCCUUCCAUCACCAAGAACCGGGCCGAGCCAGGCCGUUCCAUGAGUGCCAGCAGCGGACUGGGCAUACGCCCGUCCUCACAGAACGGCAGCGCACUGCGCAGGGAGCUGUCAGGCGGGAGCUACGGAUCCAAACGGCAGGCGAUGACCUCGCCCUCUGAGAGCUCCCUGUCCUCAGGGGGGGGCAUGGACUGUGGCGACGCACCCCUCUCCCAGUUUGACAGAGAGUGGCAGGCAGUCUCGCCAUCGGAGAAGACCCCCGAUCUGAAAAGGGCUUUAAGGACCCUGCUUAGUAAGAUGAAGGACUCGGACUCCCCCCGUCACUCCACGGCCUCCAACAGCUCCACCUUCAGCAGCCCCCCCAGCCCCGCCUCGCCCCACAAGACCAAGUCCUUGUCCCUGGAGAGCACGGACCGCAUGGCCUGGGACACAUGAGCACACAAGACCGCCAGUCCGCCUCUUCUUCCAUCUCGAAAUGAUCCCCUCCCUCACUUACUGCCCAAAGAACUGCACCUCUCUACUCCCCCCUCCCCCACUCUUAUAUACACCUUGACAUGUCUGCUAGUGUGUACGGACUCUGGGUGGAACCACACGAGAAAGACUGUCUUCUGUGUGUCGGUCCCCGAAUCAAGCGCUCCCUUCUUUAACCCCCCCCAAACACCACCACCACCCCACCUCAGCCGCCUCAUUCAAAUGCAAAGAAAAGCCUAAAAAAAAAAAAAAAAAAAAAAAAAAAGAUUUGUACUUGUACAUAGGAGCCUUUCGGGUUUUAGGGGACAAUAUUUUAAUUUAUUUAUCGUAGACAAGGAACGUUAGGUUUGCUUGGUGGCCCGCAGCAGACGGGUGGUGCUUAAAGAGCUCCCCCUCCUUCCCCGCCCCCCCUUUAAUCAAAAAGUGUCACACUUUUGCUAACAGGAAACGUCAUCAUCAUCAUCCUCAUUGGUCUCGUGGAAGCGACGUCAUCGCAGCGCUCCUUUUGUAGCGUAGACCACAAUAAUGUAUAUACGUAGAGUAAUAUAUGAUAAGGAAAUACUAUAGAGAACUACACGGGGAAGAAAAACUUUGGAUUUUACUCUGAUUUCUUCACUCAUUUGGGGUUUUAUUCGCAUGGAAGCCAUUUUAAAACCUUUUUAAAAAAUUAUUUUUAUGAUUGAUUUUAGAUUAUUAUUUUUUUUUUUUUACUUAAUGACACUUUUUCCCCACGUUCCUUCCUGCAUGGUUUGCAUUUGGACACACACACACACACACACGGAGGUGAUGUUUUUACACUGCCUUGUGCUCCUCCUGACGUUAAGCAAGCUCCCAUCAUGUUUGGUAACCAAAAACUGGCGGAAAAAGAGUUUGGGACUUUAUUGGCUUUCCUGCUUCUGUUGAAGAUGUUGGAAAGUUACGAUGAUCUGCUCAUGUAAGGAAAAAGAAACGAGGAAAAAAAAGAAUGUCAACACUAAGGGAUCGCUCUAUUGGUAAAUAUGGCAGCCGUGCCCAACAACAACAAAAGUUUAUCUCUGCAUGUUUUUUUUUGUCCUUAAAACACUCCCACAGUACUACACUAUUUCAGUCCACUACACUACACAAUAGUAAUCAUGUUUUAAUGUACUAUUGUGUUACUGAGAUAACUUUGGUGGUCAUUCCUGUUUUUAACACUAAUUCCAUGUGGUUUUUUUUAUGAAAAACACAUGAAAAGCAGCCAAUAAGCAGACUUUUAUUUCAAAUUUAGCUCAAGCUCCUGACGUGUGGAAUGUAUUCUCUCAUUUAAUGACGGUUAGAAGCAGUUUGAAAUAUAAAUGGCAGUGGUGCCCCGCCCCUCCCCCUCCCAGUGGAAGAAAAUUUAACAACAAAAAUUGCCUUUGCAUUUCAGUGAGGUCUUAUCUCCAAUUCUUUCUCUCUUAUUUUGUUUUCAUAUCAUAACACUUUGGCUUUUUCUAGGUUGGCUUUGUAAUAAUUUGUACAGUUUUGCAUGUUCUAGAUGUAAUCAUUUGGGUUUUUUUGUUUUGGUUUGUUUUUCCUUGGAUUUUUUUUUUUAACGGUUUGGGCGUUUUACUGAGGAUAACCCACUACAGGUGAUGUAGAUUGUUUUUGCACAAAAAUAUUUAAGGUCUAAGGUCAAAAGAAAAUGUAUGGAACCGGCUGCCAAGCCGAUGUGGACCACUCAUAUUUACCCGACUCCGAUGUAUUUCAAUAAAGCGGAGGGCUGUUACGAA